AUGUCAUUGCAUUUGAGAGGAAGCACGGCUGUGCUCAACAAAGCCCCGAAGCUCCUAAGAGGAGGAACCGUUCUCAUCCAUGGCGAGCAUGACCGUGUGUCCCCUCGACUAGCCGAUAUUCUCAUCGAGGGAGAUCGGAUCUCGAAGAUUGAGACCUCCAUUCCAGCACCUACUGGAUGUCACAUCAUAGACUGCACCGAUAAGAUCAUAUCACCUGGUUUUGUAGAUACACAUCACCAUGUCUGGCAGUCGCCACUCAAGGGGUUCUUCGGAGACACGGCCCUCUUCCCAUACCUGGCAAUCGUUAUCGCCGCAGGGUUGGAGCUCAAGGCAGAGGACAUGUUCUGGGCAAAUUUGGCGGGCAGUUUGGAGGCUAUUGAUGCCGGAACUACAACCACCUUGGACCACGCUCAUAUGAACUGGUCUAAAGAUCAUAGUCGAUCAGCAAUUGCCGGAACUAUUUCGUCAGGCAUACGAUCGGUUUUCGGCUAUACUCCUGUAUCCGUUGUUGCGACUACGAAACCAAAGAUUGAAUUCUCUCCUGAACCUCUGCCAGACUGGGUAAUGGAAACCUUUGAGCAGCUUGCCAUUUCGCAGCCGCUGAACAACCCCGAGUUCCGUGUCCAGUUAGGGUUUGGCUUUGACUUCUACCACCUUCCCAAAGAGGUCGUACUGGGGGUUUUCGAGAAGGUCAAAUCCCUGGGCACGAAAAUAAUUACGUCGCACUUUAUCCGAAAUUUUAUCAAGGGCAGUGAGAGCCUACCUGCGCUGUUAAAGUCCUAUGGCCUCUUACAAAAAGGCAUGGUUCUUUCACAUGGUGGCGGGGCUACCUCCGAGGACGUCAAAUUACUGAAAGACGCAGACUGCUUUGUCUCUGCCACUCCAAACACCGAGCUUGCCAUGGCGGUUGGGCCUCCAGUCUGCUUCCGAAAUGACCUUCCCGGCGUUGAUAAAAUAUGCUCUCUUGGUGUGGAUUGCCACUCAGCUACAAGCGGUAGCAUGGUCAAUGAGAUGCGGGUAGCAUUGCAGACUGCGAGAGGAAUCGACAGUGACGUUCACAUUCAAAAGGGCGUGUGGCCGAGGGAAAUCACCUACACCACAUCCGAUGCAUUUAACAUGGGCACUAUUCAGGGCGCCCGUGCCCUAUGCAUGGAGCAUGACAUUGGUAGCAUCAAAGUGGGCAAAAAGGCGGAUCUAGUGAUUUUCGAUGCUCUUAGCCCCGCUAUGAUAUGUGUGGCCCAGCAGGAUCCUGUCAUGGCCAUUGUUCUGCACUCGACAAUACGUGAUAUCCACACAGUGUUGGUGGAUGGAGAGUUGAGGAAAGAGAAUGGCAAGCUUUGUUCAGUCAAAGCAACUGAAUGGGAUGAUAGGAAAGGAUUCUUGGAAACGAAUCAUACUAUUCGUUGGCAAGACGUGUCUGAUCGACUUCUGGCCAUACAGGAACGGCUUGUAUCUCAAACACCGGAGCCUCUUCUAUUGCAGAUAGAAGAUCAUGUCCGGGAGCUCUUUGGCCAUAAGCCUAGCUCUGCCAAAAUCUAG